AUGGAAUGUGUAGAUGAGCAAAUACGAAGGCAAUGGAAACGCACACGAAAUACUUUGAAAGAUUUUUGGAAGAAAAAUGGAGGAAUGACCGAUCCACAAUUAGCACGAUCUAAAAUAAAGCCAGAUUGUCGUAGCAAAGAAGAUUGGUCUCAUUUGUGUGAUUAUUGGGAGACAGAUAAAGCACAGAAGUAUGCUGAUCAAAUGAAAAAUAAUCGAGAAAAACUAGUGAUUUCAAGUAGAGGAGGUUCUCGAUCAGUAGCAAAUCACAAAUUUAGCAUGAAAAACAAAGAGACUCAAUUGCCCCCCACCCCAAUCGAAUUAUAUCAUAAGUUGCAUUUUCAUCCUACAAAGGAAUGGCUAAAUGAUGAGACACGCAUUCAAUAUGAAAAUAUUCUCCAAAUGAAAGAGGAUGAAUGUACCAAAUUAGUUUCUGCGGGAGUAAGCAUUACUCCAGAAAUGGAAUAUGAAAUAGAGAAAAAAGUCGUUAAAACCAUUUGUGCAAAACAUAAAACAUUACUAUCUGGAUGGGAGGCUUCAAGUGGACCUAUUAUGAGGAAAAAAGAUCUACAUAUCUUAUCAGCAGCGGAACCGUCUCAAUCAGCCUCAACGGAUGAAAUGGCUUUGAAAAAUAAAGUUACUGCACUCGAGGAAGAGAUUCGAGAAAACAAAGAAAAAGUGAAACAAAGUGAGGAGAAAUGUGAAAAGAUGCUUCAAUUUAUGAUCUCGAAGUUCCCAGAUUCUCAAAACAUAUUAUGCCCGCCUGAUAAAGAAGGAUUUCAUGCAUAUGAUGACAUGACAAACACAUAUGAUGAAGAGUAA